AACAUCCCCACCGUUGCCCGCCGGCUGCAGGUCUGUCCUCCGCGUCCUGCCCCACAGUGCCCACCAUCCUUCCUCUGCGCUUCCGCGCUGCGUUCUGCCCAGGCCGCGCCCAGCUGGAAUGCAGAGAUCGCCGCCCGGCUACGGCGCAGACGACCCGCCCGCCCGCCGCGACUGUGCAUGGGCCCCGGGCCCCGGGGCCGCCGCUGAGCCGCGCGGUCUCCCCACCGCGCCCGUCGUGCCCGCCGCGCCCGCUUCGCCACCCAGCCCGCCACGCAGUCCGCCACGCAGCCCCGAGCCGGGGCGCUAUGGCCUCGACCCGGCCGGCCGCGGGGAACGCCAGACUGCCGACGAGUCGCGCAUCCGGCGGCCCAUGAACGCUUUCAUGGUGUGGGCGAAGGACGAGCGCAAGCGGCUGGCUCAGCAGAACCCGGACCUGCACAACGCGGUGCUCAGCAAGAUGCUGGGCAAAGCGUGGAAGGAGCUGAACACAGCAGAGAAGCGGCCCUUCGUGGAGGAGGCCGAAAGGCUGCGUGUGCAGCAUUUGCGCGACCACCCCAACUACAAGUACCGACCCCGACGGAAAAAGCAGGCGCGCAAGGCCCGAAGGCUGGAACCUGGCCUCCUGCUCCCAGGCUUGGCGCCGCCGCCGCCGCCGCCACCGCCGCCUCCUGAGCCCUUCCCGGUGGCGCCUGGCUCCGCGCGAGCCUUCCGCGAGCUGCCCCCACUGGGUGCCGAGUUCGACGGCCUGGGGCUGCCCACACCCGAGCGCUCACCGCUGGACGGCCUGGAGCCCGGCGAGGCCGCCUUCUUUCCGCCGCCUGCGGUGCCAGAAGACUGCACGCUGCGGGCCUUCCGUGCGCCCUAUGCCCCGGAGUUGGCCCGGGACCCCAGCAGCUGCUUUGGGGCGCCCCUGGCCGAGGCGCUCAGGACCGCGCCGCCCGCCACACCCCUCGCUGGCCUCUACUACGGUGCCCUGGGCACGCCGGGCCCAUACCCCAGCCCGUUGUCGCCGCCGCCGGAGGCCCCACCGUUGGAGGGAGCUGAGCCACUGGGGCCCGCCGCUGACCUCUGGGCAGACGUGGACCUCACCGAGUUCGACCAGUACCUCAACUGCAGCCGGACUCGGCCUGACGCCUCUGCGCUCCCAUACCACGUGGCUCUGGCCAAAUUGGGUCCACGCACCAUGACCUGCCCAGAGGAGAGCAGCCUGAUCUCAGCGCUGUCAGAUGCUAGCAGCGCUGUCUACUACAGCGCCUGCAUCUCGGGCUAAGCCGCUGCCUGCUUCCUCCUGUAGCCACUGCCCUCUCCUUCUUGCAGAUAUAUGUUUUGACUAUGCCACAGCCUCAGGACGCUGGCAGCUUGCUGCCUGUCUUCCUGCCACCAUCCUGACUCUGGGGGUCUUGAGGGCCUCUCCCAGGAGUUGGGGCUUUUGCAGGAGCCGCAGCCUCGGACCUGCUGGCUGGCCCUGCCUGGGUUCAGCUUUUCAAAGCACUUAGUUCUUUCCCUGCAAUGUAUCUUCUAGAACCAGAUUUUUUUUUUUACUUUCCCUUUUUUUAUAUACAUAAUACAAUAUAUUUAAUUUUUAAUUAAACUUUUUUUUCCAAGGGGUUUCAGUGAUCACCAGCAAUUAUGUAGCAAGGGCUUUUAAAAACAAGGAAUAACAAUGUUGGUUUGCUGUAAAAGAGGGAACAGGAUCUGGGUUCCCCUGGCUCAGGGGCCACAAAUAAAGUGUGGGGCCUUC